AUGCAGGAUUCUGACUCUGCCCCUCAUUCCUCUUCCUGCAGGGGGAGGCACUACUGGGUCCCCAUCACACGGAGGCUGUUUGGAGGGCAGAUAGUGGGCCAGGCUCUGGUGGCGGCUGCGAAGGCUGUGAGUGAGGAUGUCCAUGUCCACUCCUUGCACUGUUACUUUGUGCGAGCAGGGGACCCCACGGUGCCGGUCCUGUACCAGGUGGAGCGCACCCGCACGGGCAAGAGCUUCUCUGUUCGCUCCGUCAAGGCCAUUCAGCAUGGAAAGCCAAUCUUCAUCUGCCAGGCCUCCUUCCAGCAGAGCCAGGAGAGCCCGGUGCAGCACCAGUUCGCCAUGCCCGCUGUGCCACCCCCAGAGGAGCUGCUGACUCAGGAAGAGCUAAUUCAGAAAUACCUGCAGGAUCCCAACUUGGUGGAGAAAUACAGGCUGGGGCUCAACAAGAUUCUGGCCCAGGAGGUACCUGUGGAGAUCAAGCCUGUGAACCCCCCGGAGAUAUUCUGCCAGCAGCCUCGGGAGCCCAAGCAGCUGUUCUGGGUGCGGGCACGAGGCUACAUUGGGGAGUGUGACAUGAAGCUGCACUGCUGCGUGGCAGCCUACAUCUCAGACUACGCCUUCCUGGGCACAGCCCUGCUCCCGCACCACCAGCACCCCGUCAAGUUCAUGGUGUCCCUCGACCACUCCAUGUGGUUCCACGCCCCCUUCCGAGCUGACCACUGGAUGCUGUACGAGUGCGAGAGCCCCUGGGCCGGCGGGUGCCGAGGGCUGGUGCACGGGCGGCUGUGGCGCAGGGAUGGAGUCCUGGCUGUCACCUGUGCACAGGAGGGAGUCAUCCGGGUGAAGCAGAGCCCAGCUGAGAGCAAGCUGUAGCUGGACAAGUCAUCGCCACUCUGGGGGAGCAGGCCGGGCAGCUGGCAGUGCUGGGGACCCAGGCAGAGACGGGCAGAAGGGGAGAAGCCUCAAGCCAGCUUGGGGCUGCACUGGAGGGACCACGCAGACACACGGGCUGCAGGAAUAUGAGCUUUAUUGACUGUGUUACAGAGUGUCCUGGCUCCCCCCUCCCAAUAAAGCCACCAUGGCUCACUGA